UGAAAAACAAAAGCAGUCGGCGAGGCAAAUUUUUUGCAACACCGGGCCAUUAUCGUUUUCGUUUUCCAUUUUUCCCGCGCGUGCAGACAUAACGUUGAAAUUUUAGAAUAGCUCAGUGUGGUUUACUAGAAUUGCCGGGAGAAGCUGUUUUUAAUCAGGAUACUUAAGAAAGAAAGGCAAAAGACUCGAAUAUUAACAUCACGGAGCAAAAAUAAUAUAUUAAUUGAACCGAAUUCACUAGCGGUUCACCGGAGUCAAAUUUAUAAGAAAGGCGAAGAGAAAAUAAAGUUUACACCGUACACAAUCCACGAACAUUGCGAGCACUUAAAAACGUAUCGUCCUUUAAAAAUUGAAAGUAGAUAUGCCGCGAAUGGCCGUGCGCAGAAAGGCGUCAACACCUUCAAACAAUACCAAUAAUAACAAUGAAGAAGUCGAUGCACCGAAACGGAAAUUGCUGCGCGUGGCCUUCCAACUGCCAUUGCCGGAGCGGCCAAACGUGGUGGGGCGUGCUUUAGUGUGUGGGCAAGGAGAUAUGGGCCAAUUGGGCCUUGGUGACGAUGAGUCGAAAUUUGAACGCAAAAGACCCGCUCUGGUGGAUUCUAUAGAGAAUGUAGUUGAUGUGCGCGCUGGUGGUAUGCACAAUCUUGUAUUGACGCAUGAAGGCAUUGUUUACUCCUUUGGGUGUAAUGAUGAAGGUGCUUUGGGACGUGAUAGCAGCGAAGAUGGCUCAGAAUUUGAACCACACCCAGUAGAGCUUCCUGGAAAAGUGCUAAAGAUUUCCGCAGGCGACUCUCAUUCGGCUAGUUUGCUGGAAGAUGGUCGCGUUUUUGCAUGGGGAUCCUUCCGCGAUUCGCAUGGAAAUAUGGGUUUGACAUUAGAGGGAAAUAAGCGACUUCCAAUCGAUGUUCUGCCGGACACUAAAUGCUGUGACAUUGCUUCCGGUGCCGACCACUUAGUCAUACUUACAUGCGGUGGAAAAGUAUACACCGUGGGGUGUGGUGAACAAGGGCAAUUGGGACGUGUAUCAUUGCGGUCAGCAACUGGUGAAAGUCGACGUGGUAAGACCGAGUUGCUUCGUCCGGGAGAAGUCGCCAUCAAACGUGGCAAACCAGUUGAUGCUAUUUGGGCCACUAACUACUGCACUUUUCUGCGGGAGUCUCAAACGGGCAAAAUUUGGGCGUUCGGGCUAAACAAUUACAAACAGUUAGCAUACGCCAAGGAGCUAGCAACAAUUAUUAACCCAGUCGACACGAAAUUCCAAAACGUUAAACAAAUUGCUGGCGGACAGCAUCAUACAUUAGUACUUAAGAAUGAUGGAUCUUGUUAUUCCAUUGGACGCAGUGACUAUGGACGACUUGGACUAGGAACUGUGAAUGGCGAUGUCAAGGAGCUGCAGUCUAUAAAAGGAUUGAAAGGACUAUUCGUCGUAGGUGUGUCAUGUGGUGAAGCACAAUCAUUUGCAUUAACCGAUGAUGGUAAAUUAUACUCGUGGGGCAUGGGCUCAAAUUACCAACUAGGUACUGGAUCAGAUGACGAUGCACUGGAGCCCAUUCAAAUUAUCAGCAAACAAACCGAGGGCAAACGAAUCAUACGAGUAUCUAGCGGAGGACAACACAGUAUAUUCCUGGUACAAAGUGAAGUGCAGCCAAAACCGCAAUCUAAAACAGAACUAGGAAAAUCAGCGCAAGUAAAAAAAGCAUCGGUGACAGCUGUCAAAGAAAAGGAAACAAAACCAAAACCCAUAGAUGAGAAGCAGAAAUCCACGGAGGCUAAGGAUACGCCAAAGACGAAUGGCGAUUCUAAUCUAGAGGAAAUGGACGAUGAUGAUUCUAAAAAACUGGAAAAGCAACCUGCCGAAAACAAUGAGACUGGGAAAGACGCUGCUAAACGUGGACGCAAAAAGAAAUAAGAAUAGAUAUACCCAGUACAAAAAUUGUUCAAUUUGUUUUUUUUUUUUUUUGUAUACUUUUUGUUUAAAAAUUCCGUCUGUUGACUGUUAAUAAAAUAGAACGUAAAUUACUUAGUUACUGACUAGAGCUCACACACAAGAUAGAGUUGGUGUGUUGCUCUCUACAUUAUUGUUUUUAAUCAAUUUGUAAAUUGAUUGCUUAUUACAAUUAUGCAAUUUGAACAUAACAAACAGGUAUGUAUGCAGAACAAGAAAUACUUUUUGUACUAGUCGUACAUUUCAUAUGUAAUUCAUUCUUAAUAAAGUAUAAAAUAAAUGAA